UCCACUCUGGUUACUACAACUUGAUUAGUCUCUGGUUUUAAUUCCUGCACUUCAUUCAACCGAUACGCCAUAAUAAAAACUUGUAAUAAAAACUGUAGAAACCUGUAUUAUCGGUUAGUUCAGUGUUUCGUGAAAAUUAUUCUAUUUAAAAUUAAUUGUAAUGAUAAAAGUGAUAAUUAAUUUUAAUGAGAAUACUAUAUUUUAAUGAUAUUUUUUAAUUAUUCGUCGAUAAUAUAGAUAAUUACUUAAUAAUCACUUAUAUUUUAUUAUACAAGAUGUUACAUAAUGGCAAUUGCGUGUUGUUUGAUGGAUCUUCGAGUGAUUCUGCAGGAUGAUUUUCUACGACACGAUUAGAAUGAAGCAGCAAGUGAAAUAUCCUUCUUUAUCUUUAAAUGUACCAAAUGAUUUGUGUUUGACUUGGAAAAACAUUUCUUACACGGUCGAAAGAAAAACCAAUGGCGGCAGUCUUCGAGCGAUUUUCGGUUUUCAAUACAGUGAACUUAUUCAACUACUCCAUGGAGUCAGUGGUAUAGUUAAUUCUGGAAUGUUGAUGGCAAUUAUGGGACCAAGCGGUGCUGGAAAAACUACCCUUCUUGCGACUAUUAGCAGACGUGUCAAAGGCAAAGCGACAGGUGACGUCUUGUUAAAUGGAAAGCCUAUCGAUACCGAGCAGAUGAUAAGGAUAUCUGGAUUCGUUCCACAAACGGACUUGGCAAUCGAAUCGCUGACAAUCCAAGAGCAUAUGGAAUUCAUGGCGUGCAUGAAAAUGGACAGAAGGCUGAGGGCCAACUUCAGACGGCAACGUAUAACGGUUCUGUUGAGAGAACUUGGCCUGGCAAAAUGUACCUCCACAAAAUUAUCCGCUCUAUCUGGUGGUGAGAGAAAACGUGUCACUCUGGCUGUUGAGCUACUCACCGAGCCGAGCAUUCUCUUUUGCGACGAGCCAACUACCGGAUUGGACAGCUAUGGUGCUAUGACUGUGGUGAGGACGCUCAGGGAAGUGGCGGCCAGCGGAAGGAUAGUCAUUUGCUCGUUGCAUCAACCUGCUUCCGGUUUAUUGGAGAUAUUCCACGAGGUUUUACUACUCUCUAGUGGUAGAGUUGCCUUCCAAGGUUCCUCUAUAGAUGCUACGGAAUUUUUCGAUAGUUUGAAUCUUCCUUGUCCUCCAACUUUCAAUAGUGCCGAAUUCUACGUUUCUCAGCUAUCCAUUAUUCGUGACAAAGAGGCUGAGAGUUAUAGAAAGGUAAAUUGGAUCUGCGAUCAAUACGAGAAAUCUAAAUACGGUUUGAGGGUGUCGAAAUUGAUCGAAUACUUUUGCGUCACGGAGUCCAUGAAGCUGCCUUCCAUAUUUUCAGACGUCUCUUUAUCUCUGAAAAAUUUCAAAAAAGCUCGGCUUCUGACGCAAUUGCACUGGCUCGUAUGGCGUAUCUAUCUCGACUACAAGAGGAAUUACACGACUCUUUUCUUGCGAUUCAUAACGUACAUGUGUAUAGGAGUGCUGAUAGGGUUACCCUUUAUGAACAUCUCGAGACAAGCAAUGAAUCAAGACACUAUACAGAAUAUGCAAGGUCUUUUGUACUUGGUGGUCGUCGAGACAGUGUUCACCUUCAAUUAUGCCGUUUUCUAUACAUUUCCAAGGGAAUUGCCACUUUUAUUACGCGACAUCGCUAGUGGACUCUAUGGUCCAGCGCCAUAUUACAUCAGCAAGGUUAUCGUUUUGAUACCUGGGGCGAUAAUACAGCCAUUGCUAUAUUCAGCUUUCAUAUUCGCAAUCACGGGGCUGAAGGGUGGACUUUUAGGAUUCGUUUACUUCGCACUGCCAGUUGUUGUCUGCGCCAUUUCAGCAUCCGCUUUUGGUUUAUUUUUAUCAGCGUCGUUCAAAUCAAUGGAGACGGCAUCUCUAUUUUCUGUGCCAUUGGAUUUUCUUGGUCUGAUGUUCUGCGGGAUCUAUUUACAUUUGGGGAACUUGGCGCCUGGUAUCGCUUGGUUAAAAUACCUAUCGCAAUUCUAUUAUGGCCUCGAAGCGGUUUCCUUGACGCAAUGGCUUCUGAUUGAUCAUAUAAAUUGUUCUUCAGAUCCGGAAGAGCCGUGUAUUUCUAGCGGAUUAGAGGUUCUAGAGAAAUAUGGUUACUUACCAAUUCAUUACACCAUGGAUAUAAUCGGUCUUCUAGUAAUUUUUUCGUUCAGCCAUCUGGCAGGUUUUCUGGUAAUCAGACACAGAAGUCGCAAGGAACCUGUCUAUUAAAUAUUUUUACUCUAAUUUAAGUCACCUAUAUUUUUAAAUUUAUUUUACAAAAUGCACAAAUUUUUAUAUAAUUUAUUUGUAAAUUAUAUUUCUAAAU